GACAUAAAUGAAAGGGGAUUAAUAGUGAGAGAAAUAAAAAAAAAUAACUCUGUCUAAUUUACCUAAACUCAAGCGCAUAUGGAAUCUUGAUUCCCAAGAAAUUGUUAGCCUUGGUGAUGCAGGAGAUCUUGCUGGUGAAUGCCAAGGAUCCAAUAUGUCAGAAGCUAUAGGCAUUGAAAAUAAAGAGAAGGUGGAUUUUCAUAGUUCGAAUCAUCUGAAGCUCUUUUCAUCAAAUUUGUUAAGAUUGGUGCAGUCACUGGAGGAGCUAGAAGUAAGUGACUGUGGUUCCCUAGAAGUAGUGUUUGAUGUAAAAAUAAUGGAUGACAGAGAAAUGCAAGGAAGGAAAACAAGUCAGUUGAAAAGGCUUGCUCUGUCGAGACUGCCAAAUCUGAAACACAUAUGGAACAGAGACCUUCCAGAAAUACUCAGUUUCAAAAAUUUACAGGUCACGAAAAUCACUCAGUGCCAAAGCUUGAAACAUUUGUUUUCAGUAUCGUUAUGCCAAGAUCUGCAGCAGCUUCAAGACCUUGUGAUAAUGUCCUGUGGCAUUGAGGAAAUUGUUGCCGUUGAAGGAGAAGGAUUAGAGGAACUUAAGUUCUAUUUUCCUCGUUUGACUAUCUUCAGGCUACAUUUUCUGAUGAGGUUUAAGAGAUUUUACCCAGGAAGACAUUAUUUGGAGUGCCCUUCACUGAAGACAUUAGAUGUAUUUGGCUGUGAAGGAUUGGAAAUAUUUAGCUUUACUCAUUUGGACUCCCGGCAGACAUUAAUGGUUGGUGAAGAUGACAUGCCAAUUCAACAAGCCCUCUUUUCUCUUGAAAAGGUGUCCUCGAAUUUGAAGGAUUUGGCAUUAAAUGAAAAGGAUUCCAUCGAGAUAUUGAACGGACACUAUGAAGCAAAUUUGUUCCAUAGUUUAGAGGUGCUUGGUUUACAGUGCUUCCAAGAAACUCCGGUGAUGUUGCUAAAUAGGUUCCUUGAAAAAUUCCCCAAUAUCAAAACACUUGGAGUGCGAUAUAGUUCUUUCAAGGUUUUUUUUCCUUCAAAUGAAGCUGGUUAUUGUGGUUUUAGAAGUCCCAACCAAAUAAAAAAGUUGGGGCUUCAAAAGAUGGAGCAGCUUGAGCAGAUAUGGAAUGAUGACUCUCUGACAGAUGUCCUUGAAGAACUCAUUGUGUUGGAUUGUCCAAGUUUAACAAGCUUGGGACCACCUUCAAUAGCUUUCACAAGUUUAACUUCCUUACAAGUGAUGUACUGCAAAAGGUUGACCUUUUUAAUGACAGGCUCCACUGCUAAAACUCUUGUGCACCUCAAACAGUUGUGGAUAAGAAAUUGUGGGAUGAUGGAAGUGGUUGUAAUGAUUAAUGAAGGAACACCAGAAGAGAUUAAAUUUGAAAGCUUAGAAUAUUUGGAAAUGACCUUUUUACCCUCUCUCAAAAGCUUCUGCUCUGGAAAACAUACUUUUGUAUUCCCAUCAUUGGAAAUGUUAAAAGUGAGAGGAUGCCCCAGAAUGCAGAAUUUCUCAUCAGGAGUCAUUAUAGCCCCAACAAUAACCAUGGAAGUAGAAAAUGAAACAAGACAUUGCGCUGAAGACUUUAAUACCACUAUCAAGCAGCUGGCCAUGGAACAGAACCAAGAGUCACUAUAACCCCAAUGCUGACAGCUGUGGUUGAAGAAAAUGGAACAGUGCGUCUGAAACAUGACCUCGAAUUUUUCAAGUCAAUGCUAUUAAGCAGUUGUUGAUGGACAAGUUAUGUUAAAUUUGAUUUGUUUUACGAAUUUAAAUGUGUGUUUGUGCUAUCUCGAGAAACAAUAAAAGAAUUAUUGGACUCUCUGUUUUCUUAGAACGAAAAAUAUUAUUAUGUAUUGGUAUAUCAAAUACUGGAUUUGCCUGAUUGAUUCA